AUGUUUAUAUGGAAAGGUCUCUCGGAUGCAGUACCAGUCAAGGAACUGAUUUGGAGAAGAAUCAAAGUUGGAGACCCUACAUGCACAAUGUGUGGAGAAGAAGUGGAAACACUGGAACAUAUGUUACUUAAAUGUAGCAAAGUUAAGGACAUCUGGAAACUAGCUCCUAUCCACUGGGAUGGUAUCGAACACAAGUCGGAUAAAUUCAAAGAUUGGUGGGCAGCAGUUUCUGAAACUAGAAGUAGGGUUCAAGGGAAAGCUCAUAUAGGCCUCACGACAUAUAUCUUGUGGCAGAUUUGGAAAAGUAGGAACAACAAGGUUUUCAGCAACAAAGGUACGGAUCCAACUACAGUUGUAAACAAAGCAUGCAAUGCAUGGUGUGAGUUUGAAAAUGCAGCAGGGAAAGCUAGGAAAUGGAGCAUUGGGAAACCAGUAGUAGCUUAG